AUGCUUGUUGAGGAUCAAAGAUUCCUCCAUGAGGAUUUGGAGCGGCUUGAGCAAGGUGUCACAGACAGAAUCGCCGAGGGCUCCAGAAAUAUAAAAGACAGAUUAAAUCGAGACCACCAGAUUAACGGCUUCCUCACGCGAAUACAAGAACAGUCGAAACGGCUCCUCGAUAUUUACAAAGAUGCGGACGGCGCACGAAUAAAAGAAGUGCAGAGUCUUUCCACUGGCGAUCCAUUUGAGGAGUUUUACAAACAAUUGGAAGAGGUCAAGGACUUCCACCGGCGGUACCCUAAUGAGACGGUCGAGAACUUAGAGCGCGCAUAUAAACGCCGGCGGCCUGAUGAGGGAGAACCAGUUGUCUCCGAGGUGGACAACAUGUUUACGGGCGAAGAGUCGAACGGAAGAUUUCUCGAUCUGAUAACUCUGCACGAAGCCUACCUCAAUCUGCCGAAUGUGAAGCGCCUCUCUUACCUCCAAUAUCUUGACAAUUUUGACGCCUUUGAGCCUCCGCGCCUACCCAUCAAGAGACAAAACAAAGUGACCGACUCAUACCUGAAGUAUGUGGCGGAUCUAGCCAGCUAUCUUGAGAGCUUUGUGCGAAGAACGAAGCCUCUGGAUGAUCUUCCGAAACUCUUCCUUCGCCUAGAUCGGGAGUUUGAGACUGCGUGGAACGAGGGCUCUGUUCCUGGGUGGUCCAAAGAGGAGUCGGCCAGCACAGCAUCAGGCGGACCGCAAACUGAAGGUACAGGCUCCGGAAUCUGGUGCCCAGAAUGUGAAAAGGAAUUCGGCAAUCCCAAUGUCUACAAAGCGCAUCUUACGGGCAAGAAACAUCUGCGAAAUGUGGAGAAUAAGAAAGGCGCAAGCAACGGUGUAGCCAAAUCGUUCUCCAGCUCACUUUCGGGCGCAGCAUUGAAGGAGCGCGUGAUCGCAUCCCACGAAUCGCGGAUCCGCGCUCUAGCAGACCUGUUGUCCAACGAGCGCAGCAACACACGAGUGAAUGUGGAGCGCAAGCAAGGCAUGACAGAGCGGGAGCGACAAGCCGAACUAGACGCGCUCUUCGCCGAAGAUGAUGCGGCAGUCGCGGCGGCAGAACGACGAGGCGGGGACCAUGGCGACGACUCGGGCUCAGACAGCGACAACGAAGAGAAGGUCUACAACCCGCUGAAGCUGCCACUGGCGUGGGACGGCAAACCGAUCCCUUACUGGCUAUACAAGCUGCACGGGCUGGGCGUGGAAUUCUCGUGCGAGAUCUGCGGCAACUUCGUGUACAUGGGACGGCGGGCUUUCGAUAAGCAUUUCAGCGAGGCGCGCCACGUCUACGGCCUGAAGUGUCUGGGCAUCACCGGUUCUGGAACCGGCGGCCUGACGCUGUUCCGUGAGAUCACGGGGAUCCAGGAUGCGUUGACCCUGUGGGAGAAGAUCCGGCAGGAGAAGCGUGAUAAGGACUCCAAGGAUGAUGGGGUUGUGCAGAUGGAGGACGGCGAGGGAAAUGUCAUGCCUGAGCGCAUAUACCUUGAUCUGCAGAAGCAGGGUAUUCUGUAA